AUGGCGCCACUCCUUGAUCUACACGUAUGGGGUGAAAGUUCACGUCUAUUAUCCAAGCUACGUGACUACUACCUCGACGAUGUCUCAGUGGCUAAUGAUGUGCCCGCCGUCUCACCCACCACAGCGCUACUUUGUGCAGUGGUCUUUACUGUUGUCUACGUCGCGCCGUUCUACCUCUCGCCUACCCUUCGGAGCACGCCAAUACAGUCUAGAGACUCGCCUACGGUGAUUCGAGCUCGCGUGCGUGCAGUUGGGCUUACAUGUAUUGUUUGCACUGUGGUUACGGUCUACGUACUGGCCGUCGAAGGACAUGCCGGCCCUCGGGACGUCCUCCGUCUGCUCGCAGUCUGGCCAACAGAUCCGCUCGACAUUGCAAAGACGCUUGCCUUGGUGGCGGUUCUUUUCGUGGGCCCACUAUACGAGAGUAUCAUUGUGAACGACGAUUGGCGCGAAUGGUCCUUCUCUGCGCUGAAGGAAGGCUUGUUCGACAGCUGGACCGGCUACCGUAAUCUCAUUGUAGCUCCAGCUAGCGAAGAGUAUGUCUUCCGGUCGCUGACCAUCUCAACACACCUCCUGGCCAAAGUCAGUCCGACCCGCAUCGUCUUCCUGACUCCACUCAUCUUCGGUCUGGCACACCUUCACCAUCUCGUGGAGUUUCUGCAAUCACGAACGCCUGAAGGCCGCAGAUUGCCAUCCGGGUCUGUCUGGAUUAGCGGCAUUGUCCGCAGCCUCUUUCAGUUCACCUACACUUCGCUCUUCGGCUUCUUCGCAGCGUUCGUCCUUCUCCGAACAGGCAACCUGUGGGCAGCCAUUGUAGCGCACACGUUCUGCAACUGGAUGGGUCUCCCACGCUUGUGGGGCAGGGUCGGGCAGUUUGCCAGCCACUACGACGUGCAUAUCACGCCGGACGUGGCGCAAGGGAAGCGAGACGAGGAUCCCGGCUCGCCAGUCAAGGUGGCCAACAGCUCGACGCAAAGGCAGGACGACUACGAGGAUAAAGCGGCGCAGAUGAUGCAGCAUGGACCGAAGAAUCUCGGAGUUGAAUGGACGGUCGCUUAUUACGCGCUCAUUGUCGCAGGGUCCUAUGGCUUCUAUCUACUGCUCUGGCCGCUCACCGAGAGUCGCAACGCACUUGCUGCCUUUUAG